GACCAUUUUCUUUCUCUUCAUCUUCUUUUUUUUCUUCUUGACUUCCUCUUCUCAAGUCACUGCUGUAUUUUUGCACUCUUUUUUUCCGUCUUUCCUCUUUCUUUUUUUUUCUGUAUAGUUCAUUGAUUCAUCAUGUUUCGAAAUAUCCAACCCUAUCACUCCACCAAAAUUCGAAUUUUCAGUCCAAUUAUCUUAUUUCAUGAAUACCCACAUCACGCAAAUGAAGACGAUUCUUUCAAACCUCCAGCGCUGAAAUCGACCCGUAGCCAUAUUUGGACAGACAUUCCCUCGCCACGCUCUUCUUCCUAUUCCCCUCCACUCCGCACUCCUACAACCGAAGAGGACAAUGAAUCUUUCACAUCACAUCAUCCGAGAAAACGUCGAGGCAACCUUCCUAAACCGGUGACAGCGAUCCUCAAACAAUGGCUCAUCGAUCAUUGUGAUAACCCUUACCCUACCGAGGAUGAAAAGGACGAACUCAAACAUGUAACCGGAUUGACCCUGAAUCAGAUUAGUAAUUGGUUUAUAAAUGCUCGUCGCCGUAUUCUUCCGCUCAUUAUUCAGCAAGAAGACAACCACGGUCCUUCCGUGGCAUUGCCUGGGAAACGAAGAAGACGAACAAAGUACAGCCGUAUCCAUAGUGGAGCACUAGCGUUGCGAUUAAUGUAA